AUGGCGGCACCGGAGAAAAACCUUGAUAAGCUACGUGCAGAGCAGGAGAAAGACGACUCCGACAUCCUUGCCGAUCUGGACAAGGAAUCGAAGGAAUUCGACAAGGACUCUGAAAUCGACCGCAUCGUCAAGGCUUUCCGCGCCAACGCCUACGAUGUCCUGGACCUCACGCCCGGUGUACCCGAAGACGACAUCAAGAAGACGUACCGCAAGAAGUCCCUUCUCAUCCAUCCGGACAAGUCGACCAACCCCAACGCUUCCGAUGCAUUCGAUCGUCUCGCUAUCGCCUACCAAACCCUACUGGACGAGAAGAAGCGUGCACAUCUCGACGAAGCUAUCGGCGAUGCACGGAUGCUGCUGAUCAGAGAGAAGAAGCUCACCAUUGACUCGGAGGAAGUCAAGGAUCCAGAUGUGAAGUUCAUGAAGGAGUGGAAAGACAAGACCAAGUGGGUGCUGGCGGACAUGGAGGAUCGUAGGAAGCGACAGAUGAAGGCUCAGAUGCAGGAGGAGGGUCGGCAGCAGAGGAAGGACGAGGAAGAGGCCAAUGAGAGGAAGCGGAAGCGGGAGGCUGAGGUGAACUGGGAGAAGACGCGGGAUCAGCGGAUCGACAGCUGGCGGGAUUUUAGCAAGAAGAAGGAGGGCGAUGGCAAGGCCAAGAAGAAGAAGAUGAAGACGCUUGGUUGA